AUGUUUUUCAACCUAUUUGGCGUGUGGGUCAUCGCGUUUCAUACCCCGAAAAAUAUGCGGGAAUAUGGCAUUGCAUUAACAGCUUAUCAGAUAGUAGUGCUACUCAGUGACGCCCUGAUCAGCUGGGUAUUUGCACCGUACUUUAUCUUCCCGAUCCCGGGCGGAUAUCCGAAUGGUUGGCUGUGGAAGUGGGGUGUCUCGACCCAGGGCAUGGGCAUCGGCAUCACGUUCCACAUGAACACGCUGAUGUUGAUCAUGUUCAUGCUGAGACACCAAGCGAUUAUGCCUGCCGGGCACCUUUUGAAAUUUGAAAGGAGACACGCACUGGCUUUCUAUAUCGGCCUCCAGCUCUAUACGUACGUGCAUGUGGCAUCAAUGUCUGUCUAUGUUUUUACCGGCCACGACGUCGAGGCAACAAAAACCGACUACUCGAACCGUUAUCCCAUAUUCCGUCAAUUCCUGGAGAUCCCGCGCUGUUUCGUUAUCCCGACGGAGGAUCGACUUUUCAUGAUCAUCUAUGUGUGCUCCUGGCCGCUGUUAACAUUUCUGGCAAUGAUGGCGGCCAGCACUUCCAGCUUUCACGUGCUACGAACCCGGCGUCACAUUAUGAGCGGGCAAACGUAUAGACUGCAACAACAGUGGAUGAAAAAUUGCGUGCUACAGGUAUCGAUACCUUUUUGGACCGUGGUACUCCCGGUUGUCAUCGCUGUGCUUGAUGUGACCCUUGAUCUGGUGAUGCUCUUCGGUGUGAUCCCGAUGCUAACAUUUUUCCUCGGCUGGCACGGUUUUGCGUCGACGGUCGUUACGCUCCUGGUUUACCGGCCGUACCGGACGUACAUCAGGAAGAUGAUGCGCCGACUGGGCGCUGGACUGUUGCCCUUCGUUGGAAUCGUUUUGAAUUUCUAUGGCUUGUGGGUGAUCGGGUUUCAUACGCCAAAGUCGAUGCGAGAUUUUGGAAUUGCACUCACGGCGUACCAGGUGCUCGUGUUGCUCACCGAUGCGCUGCUAAGCUCGAUUCUAUCCCCUUAUUUCAUCUUCCCAAUUCCUGGUGGUUAUCCGACUGGCCCAUGUUCUGCUUUUACAUCUUCCUCCCAGUUAUGCGUUUACCUCAACGUGAUAGUAAUAUCGAUCUACAUUUUCUAUGGUGAUGACCAAGAAGCGACAAAAGCGCUGUAUUUGGACAGCUAUCCGAUACUUCGGCAGUUUCUGGAGAUCCCUCGUUGCUACACCUUCACCCCCGAUAACGGUCUGAUCGUUGUUUAUGGUGUGGCCGGGUGGACUGUACUCACGUUUAUCGUAAUUCUCGCAGCCAGCGUGUCAAGUUUUCACGUACUUCACGUAAAGCAGCAUACGAUGAGCGUGCAAACGCAUCGGCUACAGAAACAGUGGAUGAAGAAUUGUUUAUUACAGGUAUCGGUACCGUUUGCCUUUGUCGUCGCACCGGUCAUCGCGUUGAUUCUAAUCGUAGUCUUCGAAUUGACGGUUUAUUUCGGUGAACCGGUUACCGCGACU